UUUUGAGUGUCAGAGAGAAACAGAGAAGUUUCAGCUUCCCCCACAAAAGCCAUGAGCAGUGAGAAGGAAGCGCAACCAUCAAUGGAGAUCGACGAUUCGGCUAACGUCCUCGAUCUCACUAGCUGCCAGCUCCACAGUCUCGAGACGAUCGAGCUACCACCGACGCUGACUGAGCUGGACCUCACGGCGAACCGUUUGUCGGGAUUGGACUCGAGGAUCGCUCAGCUCUCUGCGCUCAAGAAGCUUUCUCUUCGCCAGAACCUAAUCGAUGAUUCCGCCGUCGAGCCUUUAUCUCGCUGGGACGCCUUGUCCGAUCUCGAGGAGCUGAUCCUCAGAGAUAACAAACUAGCGAAAGUUCCAGAGAUAGGCAUAUUCUCAAAGCUUUUGGUUUUCGACGUAUCUUUCAACGAGAUCACUUCGUUGCAAGGGCUAUCAAAGGCAUCCACCACGCUCAAGGAGCUCUACGUGUCUAAGAACGAAGUUAACAAGAUUACGGAGAUUGAACACUUGCGCGACUUGCAGAUUCUUGAACUCGGUUCUAAUAGAUUGCGGGUAAUGGAGAAUAUGGAGAACUUCACAAAAUUAGAUGAAUUAUGGCUUGGGAGAAACCGUAUCAAAGUUGUGAACCUGUGUGGGCUCAGAUGUAUUAAAAAGAUUAGCUUGCAGAGUAAUCGGUUAACCUCUAUGAAAGGAUUUGAGGACUGUGUUGCUCUUGAGGAGUUGUAUUUGAGCCAUAAUGGUAUCUCAAAAAUGGAAGGCUUGAGUGGAUUGGUUAACCUACGGGUGUUGGACCUGUCGAACAACAAGCUCACGUCAGUUGAUGACAUUCAGAACCUCACAAAGUUGGAAGAUUUAUGGCUUAAUGACAACCAGAUAGAAUCACUUGAAGCAAUCACAGAAGCUGUUGCAGGCUCAAAAGAGAAGCUGACCACUAUCUACCUCGAAAAUAACCCUUGUGCCAAGUCUUCCGAUUACGUUGCUGUGGUCAGACAAAUCUUCCCAAAUUUGGAGCAAAUAGACUCUAACUUAUUUGCUUGAAGAUGUGACGUUUCUCGUCGCUUCCUCAUAUAGUUUAGAAGACUUCAGAGCAUGGUCAUCAAAUCCAAGAAAUCAGGCAAAAAACACAGAUAUCUGGAAAUAUACACGUGUCUGCUGUUUAUCAUAAAGAAGUGCAAAUGAGCAAAUCGAAUCGUUGUCUUCAUCGAUAUUUUAUCAAAACAGUUCUCGUGCUCCCUUGCAAGCAAGCCUGUUUUUGGUCUGUAAGCAGUAUUUGGAAGUCUGAGGUUGUCUUUGUUUUCCCCUGACAUUCUUUAUCUUUUCUUUCCGCUUCAUAUGUGAGUGUUAAGUACUGGGAAGUUGCUAUGUUGAGAUUUUACUACUGAUUGGUUACUAUUUGUUAAGUUUUUGGGCUUUUAUUUGUAGACAAAGGCACCUUCUAAGACGGGAUGAUGCCGCAAAGAAGUAUGUUCUUCCUAUUACUAGUGUGUCAAGUUAAUGUACCCAGAACUAGUGUCAGUCUGUCAAGUUAAUGUACCCAGAAUACAUUCUUGAAAAAUAAAAUAUCAUUUAUAGGUUUUGAUA